GAAUGAAAAAUUAUGCAUUUAAAUUAAGUGAAAAUUCGAUAUAAAUAUUAACACAUAAAAGCUUUAAACCCGAAACGCGAGUGAAAAAUUUCCAAGCAAACGCAGUUGCCAUCUGAGAUCAGAAUUGCUUUUGUGUCCAAAGAGACAAGUUGCAAAAAGUGCAAAGAAUAGAAGAGAUUGCCACAAAUAAGUGGUAUAAUGUGUCUGCCACUGCAGAAACGUGAUAAACGGUAUAAAAUGCGAAAAGCUGUUAUCCAAUAGAGAAAAAUUCCGAUACACCACGUCUCCUUCUCUGCUCCGCACGCAUCCGCGCCCUCACCUGCCACCUCCUUCACGGUCGUUAUGUCUGCGCUAAGUCAAAUAUCCAACAUAUACUAACCUAAAUUCGCAGUGCAAAAAAAAGUAAUGAAAUAAAAUCAAACAAUAGCAAAGCACAUGCCGUCGUAAACAUUUACUAUGGCGAAAAUUGCAGCAAGAAAAUAAGUAUUUAUUGCAAAUAAUGUGCUUUCGUAGCUAAAAUCGGGAGCAGUACUUAAUGCGUUUUCAAACAGUUGCAAAGCAGUGGCGUCGUCUUUCAUAUUGUGCCAAAAGAAAGCUAACGAAACGAAAAGCAGAGAAAAUAAAAACAACAAAGCAACGAAGCGCAUCACCUACAACAACAACUCGGCUGAAAAGACCAACAAUAAAAACAAUACUAGCUCUCCAGAUAUCUACAGUCAACUAAACUUCUAAGCCUCAAGCCAGCGUAACUGUAAUACUUACAGUUACUUUUUCUGUUGUUGUUCUCACUUGUUUUUCGGAAGUUUGUGCAGCAGCAGGCUCUGAAUGUCUUUAUGCUUUAAUCAUGGUGUAUUUUGCCACCAACAAGAACAACACCGACACUAUACGCUGCUAUAUUAGAAUCUUUCUGAUUACAAACCAUGACAGAAGGACAUGAAAGCGACUUCUUAGUUACAGUACGCGCACAGGUAAUGACCAGAGACGAAAGCACAGAAGGCUGGCUACCUUUGGCCGGGGGUGGUCUGGCAAAUGUUUCAAUACGCAAACGAGCUAGAUUAUCCCCAUUGUCAUCGGGUCAUGACUACAUCAUCUAUGGGCAAAGAAUCUCUGAUCAAAGUGUUAUUUUAAGCUGUGUCAUCAAUCGUGAUCUAAAGUAUUACAAAGUAAUGCCCACUUUUCAUCAUUGGCGCGCCGGCAAACAGCGCAACGGUUUAACUUUUCAAACGGCUGCCGAUGCCCGCGCCUUUGACAAGGGCGUCCUUCGCGCCUAUAAUGAACUAAUUGAUGGACUGGCCAAAUCAAAUCCCACUAUAAUAUGCCCGCCGUUGACCAAAUACGAUUCGGUUGGUGAAGAUGAUGUAUUCAUGACCCUGGACUUACCUGUGGAAAGCGAAAGUUUACAAAAGAUACAUUCAAGCCCAGAAGGCAGCGAAAAAAGUCACAAAAGCGUCAGCGACCGACAUAAGGAUAGCUACAGCAACAAUUCCGAUUCAGAGAAACUACCAGCGGCGACCAUACACUACAUAUCGACGGAUAAAACAUCAACGGCUCCGGGCACCGGCAGCGGCAACAAUGCAGGCGGCUCAACUGAUGGGCCGCAGCCGCCACCUGCCGGUCAGAUUGCGCCUAGCGAGAAUUACUCUUAUGUAACGCUGACAGCUGUUCACCAUGACUAUAACUACCCUGUGGUGGAGCAGCCAGUGGGCGCACAGGUGUUGAAUGCGCGCCGCGAGUCGAUCACUGCGGUAAAGAAGCGCAAUGCUCUGGAGGCGGCGCAAGCGAUGGCCGCUGCGCAAACGUCGGCGGCAUCCGGAGCCAACAAGCCGUUGCACAAACCCAAUGUGUCGGAUAUACUCAAAAAGGAGACGCGCCUGCGGUGCCGCUAUUGUCACGAGCUUUACAGCGAAGAGUUUAAUAGGCGUGGCGCCUGCGAAUAUGCACCGGAUCCAUUUCGCAGCGGCUACGAGUGCAUCUCGGGUAUGGGCUGCGCGCGCUGCAUGAUCUAUCACUGCAUGAGCGAUGCGGAGGGUGAGACGGCGCAGCAUCCGUGCGAUUGUAGCGUUAGCGAGGCGGGCUGCACCAAGCGCUGGUUGGGCCUGGCGCUGCUGUCCCUGUUCGUUCCCUGCCUGUGGUGCUAUCCACCGCUGCGUGCAUGCCACUUGUUGGGCAUACAUUGCGGCGUGUGCGGUGGCCGCCAUAAACCGCAUGUCUGACAUUUGGAGGCUAGAUUGCAAGGACAGUACGAUGACGACCCUAGCACCAGGCCCAGAAACCAGCAUUUGCAGGCCGACGAGCAAAACUACAAGAGCCAGCUGCUGCGACUAAAACAGCGCCAGUCGCAGUCACUGUCGCAGCCGCAGAGGCAUUUUUAUAACUGGGAGCUUUCACACAGUCUCGGCGCGCCGCAGCACCAUCCGCCGCAGCCUUUAUACCUGAUGCAGCCGCGCAGCAGCAAGGCCGCCCAAAACGACUAUGGACGGCUGAUGUUCUAAAAGAACGUCGAAAACAGCUCUUACACCAUCUUUCGGUUUAUUGCCUGUUUGUUUAAGUUUUGAUCAUUUUGUAACUCCAUUUGAUUUGCCAUAAUUUAUUGUACAUAUAUAUGAAGAUCAAAUAACGCACAAACAUACACGCAUACGCACACACACACACACACACCAAUUUAUCAUUUAUAAUUGUUUUUAAGUGUAGAGCUGUCACUUUAUUAUAGUUUUGUAAAAACCGGGCUAUUUGUUUAUAUAUAUAUUAAAUUUACGUAUCAUAUGCUUAAUGAAUAGUAAUUCUUUUUAGUUCUUUAAGUUUUUGCUACUUAAGUUUUGUUUACAAUUAAAAAUUGGAAAACAGUAUUAAGCCAAGGCAAGGCCCGAAAGUUAUGCAAAUAUACACAUUUGUGCGUAA